AUGGCGGAAUCCUUUCUGUUCAACUUUCUCGUCGAUGACAUAAUGCGAAGAGUUGAUCAGUGUCCCGGCGAUGUCAUUUUAGCACUGUCUGAACGUCCCUUCGUGGAUCACGAGUAUAUCGACGAUGUAGCAAUAUUCGCUUCAAGCAGCGCGAAGUUAAAACAUGUUGUUAACUUUGAAUCGAAAAUAAGCUCCUCAGCCUACGGACUGCGACUUCGCCCUGACAAAUGCAGGCAGGUGUGGGUCUCCACGAGACUCUCAACGGUAAUCAGGGUGCAUGGACAACCUAUCGAUCUCGUGGAUGAGUUCUGUUAUUUGGGCUGUAUGCUGAAAAACGGUGACAGCUACGAGAGAGAUAUUCAGCAAAGCUGCGCUAAGCUUUACUCGGCAUUGAACUCAUUGACCAAGUCCCUGUGGUCGACCCCCAUCGCUAACGAAGUCAAGCUAUAA